UUUAAUUAACAUUAUUCCUAUUUCAGGAAUUUCUCCAUGAAAUUUUAAUUAUUAAAAUGUUUUCACCCGAAUUGACAAAUCCUUAUGGACCUUAUCCAACCCAACCGUCAUGCUCUUGACCCCUGAGGCCCUGAUCCACAAGUGUAACUACGACGGACCAAAGCCGAGCUGGACAUGAAAGGAUCGUCGUUGAACGCCACAAUGGCCGUCUUAACUACGACCUCGACCAUCGGAAGUUUCUCAACUCUACAUACCUUCACCAAAGUUAGUGCUAAGCUCGUAAACCCAGGAUUUCGUUUCAGUAAUUUUGCGGUCCAAUCGCAGAAAGGUUCCAACUCGCAAAGUGAAGGUCGAGGCCGUAGAGUCUGGAGACGAAAGAAAUUGACAAAGAAGGAUGAUGAUACGAAAUACAGAUUGGAAGAAGUACCUUUCUUGUUGGAAGAGCAUGUGAGGAGGAUAGAAGAAGAUGGGAGUUUGCUGGCAAUGGACAUUGACCGGCUAUUACUAUCAGAGGAAAACCGGUUUGCUUUUGUUAAUGAGAUCGCUGCAGAGGCCAAAGAAUAUGUGGAGAAUAACCGGGAUGAGUACGGCUCAAAGAAAGCCAUCCUUCAUGUUAUCUCUAACCGCAUGAAUGAGGCCGGGUUUGAUCGCCCGGAGGCGUAUAUAGAACCUGACCCUUUCAAGCCCGGUCCAAGUUUUUUGAGGGAUGACCUUUAGUUCUUCAUCUUCAUCACCUUAAUGGGUAACUCAAGAGCUUGUCCUCUGCUAGUGCGUACACCUGCAGAGUUUCUCCUGUACCGAAUUGCAAUUUUACAUCAUUUUAAAUCACAAAUACACACUUUCAAGUUUCAUCUCUUGCCUGCCCCAAUGGGCACGUUUGGGUUUCGGCGUUUCAGCCAAAACGCUGAACACAACUAAACAUAAAACGCUGCAAUUUGCAGCGUGUUCGAUCAGCGUUUCCUCUCAAACGCCAAAAAGCAAACGAAGGCCAAUACUUCAUUUCCUUUUAAAUAAAGCAAUAUGCGGUUUCUUAAACAUCAUGCCCACUCAAAGUAGGACUUCACUUAUGAAAGGAGAGAGUAUUAUACGAG